AUGGAGACACACACAAUGCCUCCAAUGUCCCCAAGACUCACAGCAGAAGAAGAAAAUGCAGUGGUAUCCCAGGUACUGGAGAUUAUUGGCGGGAUCACUCUUGAGGCCCUACAGACCCUGGAUCAGCCUGAGGAGAGAGAUGUGUGGUCGAUGGAGGAGGGAGACGACUCUGUGUUCUACAGCGAUGAGGACCAGACUCAUCAGGAAAUAAAAGCAAACACAUCUUCUGAUUUUGGUGCAAACAUGAGUAAGAAUCUUAUGAAAAGUGAAGCAGCUGAAGAAUCUGUCCCUCAGAGGGAGGGUGAUCCGGGAGCAGAGGUCUUUAGUGACAAAGAAAAUUUAGCGAUGGAGAAGGAAGCGACUUCGCAGUUCAUACUGACUGAACAAGAAGAGGAAUGCCCAGAGCUCCAGACACCAAAAACUGAGCAUAUCUAUCAGUCAGAUUCUGCAGAUUCAGGAACAGAGGCUAAUCUAACGCUGGGAAACAUGGCAAGCACCAGUGGAGAAUCUCUGCAAUCAAACUGCACAAAUGCAGACAUGCAUACUCAGCCUGGGCAGAAUAUAUCAUCAGAAACAGCAAAUCUGCAAAUUAAGGAGGAAGAAGCGGUGCUAGAGGCUCAGACACAGAACCUUGAACCCUUUGAUGUAACUAAUGAGGAGAGUUAUAAAAGGCUGAAUGUGGAGGCAGAAGUCCCAAAAGAGAUGUCUAAUGCUGAACUCCUGAUGUCAGGCGACACACAGGUAGACCAGAAACCAGAGCAGGACCGCAACUUCCACAUUCCUGUGGGGUUUCAUCAGGGCCCCAGCCCAGGCUACUCCACCCUGCCUCUGCCAAAGAAAUCCAGCGCUGGUCACCAAAGAUCCUUCGACCACCUAACCUCCUCCAAAUACAGCACCGUGUCCUACCGCAAGAUCCGCAGGGGCAACACCCGCCAGAAGAUCGAGGAGUUUGAGUACAUGAUGAUGAAUUUAUAA